CUUUCUUCCUCCUCCACAGGGAAAACUUCGGCCUCUGAAAUGAUAAGCAGACUCCAAUUUCCUCCUCCAUGCAUCCUCCUCCUCUUUCCUCGGUCAUCGCCUCCAUCUCUUAAACCCUCGGGAAACCCUAAUUUCAGAAGCCCUCGUUUCACCGUGACCAUUAAUACCCAAUUUUCCGGCCAUUCCGGCACCGCAACUUCCUCCGACUCCGGCAUCCUAUUCCGGGAGAAAAUACUAUACCUCGAGAAUCACCUUCAUGUCGAUUCCCGGAAAGCCUUCCAGCAGAAUCCCGAUUCUCGUUCCGCUACUCUCUCCGCUCUCAAGUCCGUCGAGGUCUGUCUCUCCUCCAUGGGACUCGAGCUCUCUGCAGUUGGCCGCGUCCUCGACAUGUACCCUCAACUCCUCACCUCUGACCCGGAAUACGAUCUCUACCCCAUCUUCGAUUUCCUUCUUAAUGAGGUCCGAAUUCCGUUUCCCGACAUUCGAAAAUCCAUAAUUCGAUGCCCUAGAAUUCUCGUCUCUGAUUUAGACCUUCAAUUGCGACCUACGUUGCUUUUCUUGCGCAAUUUGGGUUUCGUUGGAUUGAAUGCCAUCACGUGCCAGACGACAAUGCUACUGGUUUCGAGUAUUGAGCAUACGCUUCUGCCCAAGAUUAAGUACCUCGAGAGCUUGGGAUUCUCGCACAAGGAUGUGGUUAAUAUGGUAUUAAGGUCUCCGGGGUUGUUGACAUAUAGCAUUCAAAACAAUUUGGUACCGAAAGUGGAUUAUUUUUUAGGAGACAUGAAGGGUGAUUUACUGGAAUUGAAAAGGUUUCCGCAGUAUUUUUCGUUUAGUUUGGAGAGAAAAAUUAAGCCUCGUCAUCGUUUACUGGUUGAGCAUGGAUUGUCGCUUUCUUUGUCGAGAAUGCUGAAGGUUAGUGAUGGGGAGUUCACUGCAAGGGUAAUAGAAAUGCGAUUGCAGUCGGCUACGGCAGAUGGUUGAAUGAUUUAGUAGAUGAUGCUGCACCUGCAACAACAAAAAUAAAUGGAGCAAUUGAACACGGUGAUUGUAGUCAAGCAGAGAGGGCGAAUGAACAAAAUUUGCAUUGCCCCUGAUAUCUGUUAUUGUACUAAUACACUGGAACUGGAAUUAAGCAUAAUUUUGUUGAAAUGAUGGAUGAGCAUUGCUGCUGAGGUUAGUUUAUGUUGACAGUUCCAUUUGUUUCAGCAGGGAGCUGUGAUGGAAACGAUCCUUGACAAGGCCAGGCAUUUCACCAUGCCCAUCUGAUAAUGCAGCAAUUUGGUUGGAGGGACUCACAAAGUUUGUUCCCAUCUUGAGUGAGAUCAUCAGUCAGAACGUUUGCUGCUUAAACAGAGUAUACGUAAGAGACCGAGACUCAAGCUUCUGCACCAUAACCAUUUGUUGAUGCAAUGCAGGGCUUAACUACAGAAAUUUGCCGAGAGACAACUUGCAAGGUUGGCCCCAUCGCAAAGAUAUCAGGAAGAUUGCUGUUUAAGUAGAGAUUAACUGGAAAACAGUCGGAUGGUAAUCAAAUUAUGCUUGAUUCAUUUCAUCACCGAAUGUAAUUUCCCAUGGAUAUUGUAAGAACUAUCAACCUGUAUAUUAUAAUCCUUGGCUACUA